CUGACCUCCACGGCUGACACCAUGGCCGAAGGAUUGUUGAGUUACAACAACAAAUAGUUUAACAGCACCAGACGGACAGAAGCGGUGAAACCUGCACCGAAUGCUUUUUUAUGCGGAAGCUUGCAGCCUCCUCUUCGUGCUUGCUAUCUUCCACAUUCAAUCUGGCACCUCCGAAAUUCUGGCAGCGUCUGAAUUCCUGAAAUCAGCUUGUGAAGGCAGCCAGUCAGAAUGCCAGCUCGCUGUGGGAACAGUCUGGACAGUUCGCUCUGGCCCAGCUGUUUUGCCGAAGAUAUUCACAUUCAUGACAGCACACGACAGCACCUCGGAUGUCCCGGCGAGUCGCAACGCGUCGUCAAUAGCAGAGCUUUCGCUCGGGGAACAGUCGAGCCUCUUCAGCGUGCCUGCAAAUGGCACCGUUGAGCUCAGAGGCUUGCGCAUAAUUGAUGUCACGUUGCCGUCGGCGCCCUUCCCGCUGCCGGCGUCAGGCUUUCUGGCGCUGUCGGCGUUCCGGCUGGGCGCGGGCGCGCGGCUGCGGCUGGUGGACAGCUUCCUCACAGUGCCCUCCUGCGCGUUGCUGUCGCUGCACCAGACGUACGCGUGCGGCGUGUCUCCAUCUCCCAACGUGACGGUGACGCCCAGCAGCCUGGUGGUGCACCGCCUGACGACGCCCAGCCUGGAUGCGACCAACGUGACGGUUCAGUGCUCGGGCGCCGCGGCUCCCUAUCCAUGCCUGGCGGAGUCCUUUCCCGGCCAGGUUCCUCUGUUGUCCUAUAUGCAGCGCGCCUCCCAAACUAUCAGCGUCGCAGCCCGUACCUACGGCGGGACGCCGCCGCCCGUGUACGGCUUUCUGACACGUGACAUGGCGCUGGUUGACCCGGCUGCUGCCAGGUAUGACACGGGCGGCGGCGCCGCAACGUGUGGCAAUGGCAGCAGCGGCAGCAACGGCACGGCUGCUGGCGACGCGCCACAGCAGCUGCUAGGCGACCCAGACACUGUGGGGCCGCAACGGGCGCCCGAGGCGUCGUCGGCAUGUGCCGCCAUCGCGUGGGGCAAUCGGCUGGUGCUGGCGGGGGACGGCACCGCGCAGCAACGCACCGUGUUGGACUUAGCGCACAGCACCUCGAUGCUGUACCUGCAGAUUCCCGACGGCAAGGUGGAGUUCCGCAACCUCACGCUGCGCAACCCCCCGCCUGGGCCGCCCGGCUACCUGCCGUACACGCUGCUGCGGCUGCCCAUCUGGACGGCGGCCUUCAAGCGCAAAAUUCUCGGGAGCGACAUCGAUCGGCUCUUGACAGUGACCGACUGCACGGUCGAGCUCCCGCCCGAGGAGGUGGCAAUGCUGAUGGCAGACGCCGGGUUGGCGGCGGCGGCGCUGCCGCCGUCGUUGUCGGGGCUGUUGUGUGCGGCCGGCUCGGACCUGCUGUACAAUACGCGAAGGUACAACACGAGCCGCUUCACCGAUGUGGAGGUGUAUCUCAGCUCCUUCAUCGGCCUCGGAACGCGCAGCGUCUACACGCGCGUGCAGCUGCGUGCCGUGUGGCCGCUGCAGCGCCCAUUCCUGGCGCCCGUCAGUGGCGGAGACGGCACCGGCGACACACAGCAGCCCCAACAGCCCCAGCCACAGCCCCACGCACUCGGCAUGCUCGCGACCUACCCCUCCUAUCCCAGCGUAUGCGCCGCAGGGGCUCCCGGCCAGCCGUCACCCGCGUCUCUUGACCGCGCCCCAGUGGCUUCCUUGGCUCUGCUGCGCCCCUGGCGCCUGACCACCCAAGAUACAGACCCGACCCGCGGCGUGGAUCAGCGCACUGGGAUUGUGAUGCUGUGCGACGCGCUCCUGCUGUCAUCCGAUGAUCCGUUCUUCGCGCCAUCGUACGGGCAGGUCCAGAGCGACGUCACAAUGCCCAGCCUGGUCCUGGGCGAGCCGCUGUCACUGCGGCUGCUGCACGCGUCCGACGUCAGCAGCGCCGUCACCAUCGCCCAGCCCCGCGCCGCCCUCACGUUGAGGUGGCUGGUGCUCGUGGGACUGCCGGCGGCCCGCGGGUUCACGCAGCUGCCGCUGGGGCCCAGACGUCGAGGCCAGGCGUCGCCACCGCCGCCGGCGUCUCCGAAACAGGUGGCGGCACCCUCGCCGCCGUCUUUGACCCUGGGCGGUGGCGGCACGGCGCUGGAUGACUCGGGGCACAGUGUCUCGGGCCGGCGGCUGCGGCAGCUGCAGCAUGGAAGUGGAUCACGCCCGGCGCACCUGUGGUCGUACAAUAGGCUCGGCAGCGGCGACGGGGCGCUGGGGCGGCGCGGUAUUGGCUCAUCGCCUCACCGGCGGUUGCAACAAGAGGAGCAGCAGCAGCAGGCUGGCAGCAGCUCUGCAACACAGGGUCUGGCGCCGGCGCUGGCCAACUUCACGUCCUGCCUCUGGACGUUUGAGUUCGACCGCUCGCCAGAGGCCCUGGCGGCGGACUUGGCGGGUGGCGCGGGCGGGCGGCCGGCGGGCCUGCCACGCCUGCAACUGGACGGGGUGGUCCUUGUGGUGCCGCAGGCGGAGUUGCAGCUGCUGGGGCGUGUGUGGGCCGCGUCGGCUGACCUGCUGAGCGGCCGGCUGGCGUUCUCUGCGGACACGGACCCCGGUCUGGCGGCGGCGCUGCGUGCGAUGCUGGAGGGCUCGGCGCUGCUUGAACCACAACCUGGUCCCACCGGCAGCAGCACGCAGGACAGAGUCUAUCUGCACAGCGAUGGAAUGCUAGAGUUUGAGGAGGUGGCGUGGUGCGGGUGGAAUGGAUACAACGUCACGCUCAUCACAGAGGGCGACGCAGAUUUAGGGAAUGCGGUGACCGUGCUGCGAAUAGAUAAUGCCCCCUACGUCGCCAUUACCACUGCAGUGGUCUCGCCGGCCCUGACUCUGCCGGUGGUGGAGUUCACGGCAUCCCCAUCAGCUGCUGCCCCCGGCCCUCAAGGAGACAUGACCUCAGCGCCGGGUGGUGCGGUGGCAGUGGUGCCGUCCGCGGCGCCGCCGCCUGGGGCCUCGGCGGACCAGCAGCCACAGCAGCAACAGCAGCAGCCGCAGCAGCAGCAGCGCCUACCCGCAGGCCACAGCCCGGCACCACGACCGGCGCCUGACACGCAGCAGCCGGGUCAGCAGGGCAGUGGCAGCACCGGCGGCAGCUCCGCAGCUGAGGCACCUGAAGCAUUGGGGGGCGCGGAGCCUAUCCAGCAGCCCCAGGGCUCAAACUCCGAAGGCAGCAGCGGCGGCAGCAGCGGGGCUGUGUUGCCCAGCCAAUCUGCAGUCGCUGGCGGCUCAAAGUCGGAAGCCGGGACGGUGGUUGCGAUUGUGGUAUCCUGCGUGGGCGCGGCGACGGUCACCGGCGGGUUGCUCCUGCUGUACGUGGGGUACCGCAGCCGCCAUGCGCGCCGGUACCAUGGCGCCAGCGCGGCAGGCAAAGCGGUGGCUGACCGCUUGAGCAGCGCUGCUGAUUCGGACCUCUUACGUACAUCCACGGUAUCCGGCUCCGGCGUCACUGAGCCGCGGCGUGACAGCGGCGCCGCUAGCCGCGGUGACAGCAGGCGCGGCGGCAAGAGCAGACUCGCCCUCGGCUCUUCCGCGCUCAGCGCGAGCCAAGAAGUCACUGCCGAGACGUCCUCGUAUGCGCUCGGCAGUUCCGGCUGCAGCGGCCCAACCGGCAGCAACGCAACCAGCAGCGCAGCCGGAGGAGCUGCGGACGGAACGACGGCGAGUGGGCGGCUAGGAACGAUCAACCGUGCAAUGGUGGGAAUGCUCUUGGCUGUGGAAGAAGGCCGGCGGCGGGUGGCGCACUUAGGGCCUGACGUGGGGCCUGUAGGCGGAGCUGCACCCUCUGCCGAUGCAGCUGCUCGGCCGGGCGCAGCAGUGGCAGAGGUGGCAGCAGGCGCAGCACAGCUGGCCGGCGGCAAUUUUCCCAUCGCGGCAUCAGUUGCAGACCCCAGCAGCGUGCAUGACGCAAACGUGCCGCUGUUGCGCUUGCCCACCAGCACGACAGCUGCCUGUGGCCCUGUGUCGGCGGGAGCAGCGGGGCUUGCAGUUGUGCCGCUUGAAAGCAGCCCUCUUCAGAGCGGGGCGAUCGGUUGCGGCGGUCACGGCGACGGUACAGCAGCUGCAACCCAGCUGCAGCCGCAGCCGCCUUCACCGCACACUUCGCUGCCCCUCACCAUCACCGGCGAGUUGGGCCGCGGCGCGCAGGGCGUGGUGUACCGCGGCGUGUGGCGCGGGCUGGACGUGGCGGUCAAGAGCGUGCUGUUCCACCACACGGAGGGCGGCGUGCAGGAUCCGCAUGCGAAGCAAGCAGUUGAGGAGGCGGCCAUUGCCGUGAGCAUGGCGCAUCCCAACAUCGUGGCCACCUACACCUACCAGCUGCAGCAGCUGCCCUCGACAUACUGCGGCAUGUUAAGUCCUGAGGGUGUGGGGUCCAGUGCUCCUGAGUCGCCCGUGGGAUCUGGUGGCUUCAUGGGGCGGGUGUCGCUCCACAACCAGGAGGCGGAGGUGUGGAAGCUGACGCUCAUUCAGGAGCUGUGUGACGCCAACAGCUUGCGGCACUGCCUGCAGUCCGGGCUGCUGCUGCUGGGGCAGCAGGCGGCAGGCGUAGGCGUCGACGCUGGGCAGUCACCAGCAAUACAGUCGCCGGCGGCCCGGACGGUGUUGCUGCUCGCCUGCGACAUAGCGCGGGGCCUGGCGCACCUGCAUGAGCGCGGGGUGGUGCACGCGGACCUGUCCUCCAACAACGUGCUGCUGCAGAGCAGGAGGAGUGCCACAACAGCUCCGGUGGCUGCGCCUGACACGGGGCUUGGCGUUGUGGCCAAGCUGUGUGAUUUUGGUCUGAGCGGACGACUGGACGUGGAGGCGGAUGUAUCGCACCUUUCAGGGCCCGCCAGGCGCUCCUCUGCGUACUCUGCGCCGGAGCUGGUGGUGCACGGCCGCUCGGGCCCAGCAGGCGACGUGUACGCCUUCGCGGUGGUGCUGUGGGAGCUGGCGCUGGGCCUGCCGCUGCCUAUGGCUCUGGCGCGGCCUGAGAGCGCAGGCCUGCGUGCGUGGCAGUCGGAGCAGGCGCGCCUGUUGCCGCUUGGAGACGACACACUGGAGGGGCCUCCAGGCGCGGGGUCAAAGGUGCUGGGCCCGCCCUCGGCGUCGCUGGCGCUGCCGCCAGGCCUGCUGUGGUGGCCUGCACACACGCCGCCGGCGCUGAAGGCGCUGGCAGCGGAGUGCCUGCAGGUGGAGCCGCGGCGCCGACCCAGCUCUGCGACCGUGCUUGUGCGAUUGGAGCAGGCGCUGCAGCAGCUGCAGCUGCCCGGCAGUGCGCACACGGAACUGCAGGGGCUGUGGGCCCGGCUGGGUUUAACGUGGAGAGGGCGGAAAUAGCAGGACAAUUGGUUCAUGGGACUCUGCCUUGCUGAAUAACUGCUGAAGCUCUUGAUUCUUACAUUCUUGAUAUUGUAAAAACUGUUUGAGGUUUUGUGCAUCGCUGCAUCUGCCACAACACGAGUGUAAGGGUGUGUGGGUUCACGUGCAUUUGUCGAGGUUGUUUGUCUGGUGGGCGGUGCACACGCCACCACCGUGCGGAGUAAGUUACAGAAGUGAGUGAUGGUGUCAUUUCAGUUUUACGUGUAUUGAUGCAGUGUGCAUAGGGACUGUCUCAUCAGUAUGUUCACGUACCGUCUGUAUGCCAAUCAACAGUUGGUGGCGCGCUACGCAUGUUGUGCACAUUUGCAAUCGUCCAAGCACCAGAUGGGAGCAGUGGCAGUGACGCGUCAGCUGAUUCCCACUAUGGUCACAUGUCUUGUGCGGGCAUGCCCAGUAACUGGGUGUGUUUCUUGUGACGAGCCGCUGGCUUUGCGAGUGGUUUAAAAACUCUGACCCGAAGAAGUGCGAUCCGCUCACCGAAUGCAUGAAGGCACCAGCCGAAGCUGUUGGGCAAUCACGCAAGAGCUCCAAGCCAUUGUGCGAUACACAUUGCGCAUCAAUCACACACAUGGUGGCAGAUUUAGCUUGGUGUAAUGUCCGGAGUGAGGCGCACGGACAGGACUUCAGGGAAACAAGGUAGUCCUGCACAUCACCGUUGGGGGUGUUGGCAGGUUUGUCAGUGGCCAAGAUUGUGAUGCAAGGAUGGACACAGUGUGCACCGUGGGACGCACAACUCGAUUGCGCCUGCACGUAUAGCGAUAGAUAAUGGCGAGGACGGCGAGCCUUCACGCUCGCGCUCGACAUAGUGGGGCUGAGCAACUGGGCGGAAUCAUGGUUCGGGCGGCGUCCCCUCUGGGCAUCCCGUGCGCAGCGACACGUGGGCAGUGCACCAUGCAGGAGCUGGAAGCGUGUCGCAUGUGACACAGUCCUCUGUCGAUAUCAAGGACUGUAAGCGAUUAACGGUCACUCCGAGCGGCUUUAAUAUCGCGGCCUGUAAGCCUCGAGUGGGGUGGCCACGAACACAGCCGAUGGUGCCUGACGAUGUGACAAUUGAAU